AUUCUUCAAAGUAUCACAACUACCAAAUGUUCAAAAUUAAUUAAUAAAGUAAAUUAUUUAAACCACUAUGAAUUUAAUUAUAAAAUGAAUUAAAAUUACCGCGUGACAUGCGCGCUCAUAAAAUCAAUGAGCCGGCUUGACUGUAUCAGUACGGUGCUGUCAAGAAAGGACGUGCCCAUCGUCGUGGUUUCUUUUUAAAAAACUGUCAGUUUUUCGAGUUAAAUGAAUCUGUUUAAAGACAAUAGUCAUGUAAAUUAAAAUAAUAUAAUGCCAGCCCAAGAAGACAUGGAUCUGUGUACUGACAAAGUGCUGUCAAAAGGCAGAAUACUUCAAGAGCUUACGAAAGCUGUUAAACUGGUUUAUGCCCAAAGUUUAUAUGGAACAGUUGUGUUGGAUGGAGAUUCUUGGCUAGUUUACUGGUUAGACCGUGCUCUACGUCACGGUUUACGUGUUGAAAAACAUGGUUAUUGGGGUAUGGUUCGUGAACUUAGUCAUCAUGAUACAAUUGUUGUAAUUCAUGCUUUACAAAGCGUCUUAACAUCUAUUGGCAAAGGUCGUGCCUGGCUUUAUCAUACUUUGAGUGAAAGUAUUUUUGAGAGCUAUUUAGCAUGUUUUCUCCGAGAUAUAAACGUCUUGAAAAAACAGUAUUUUCCUCAUGCUCUUGUUCGCGACGCUGACAAAACUCAUCAGUUAAUAAAUCUUUUAGCUGGCUUAGAAAAUGUAUCAUUUACUCUGCAACUGGAUGUCACAUAUUUAGAUAUAUGCAAUUAUAUGCCGCAGCGACCUAUGAGUGGUUCACCAUCAGGAACAGCACUAUCAUUACAUUUAAGGUCAUCAAGUAUCACUUCAAGUCUUGCUUCUCCUGGUGACAGUGGUGUUGCUUUAGAUAGUGAUAUAGAUAUGGCUAAUGAAACAGAUGCAAGCAGUUACAAAGAAGAGGAUUCAUCAAUGGACGACGUUCCUAAGUAUAGAAAUAAAUAUAAAUCUAUGAUAAUUGACUGUGCCCAAGAUAACAAAAAUUUAGAUCGUUCAUUUUCAUCGAGUGAUUCAAGUGAAGAUGGGAAAAUAUCGGGCCACUCACCCGCAAUACAUUCUAAAUAUAAAUAUACGAUUGUGACAAAUAGUGACAUUGCCAAUCAAAAUAUUGUUACUAACAAAAUUGAUGACAAUGAAUUAAAUUGUUCUAGCUUAGAAACUCUUAAAGAUUAUCAUCAUCUACAUGAUAAUAGUUUGAAUACAUUACGAAUGGAUAAAGUAAAUAAUGCUUAUGAUAAUUUAUCAAAAGAUUAUGUUAAGCGUAGUAACUACUAUGCAGAUGGUAGUUACAGUUUUAAAAAGAAUAUUGACUCGCGUAAUUCAUAUGUUAUCAACAAUGAUACUAAUUUAUUAGAACUCAGUAUGACUAUUUCUGAUUGUGAUUGUUGUGCUGAAACUCCUUACAGUAUUUUAAAUACUGUAAAUAUGACAGAUACAAGUAUUUUAUCAUCUUCUGGAUCAGAAGCUGCUGUUCAACGUAGACAACGUAAAAAGAAACGCGGUGAGACUAAAAAACGUGUAAGUUUUCAUGAAGAUAUUUUUAAAACAAUGAAAUUAGAUGAUGACGAAAAUUACUCGGAUUUUUCAAUGAGUUUUAUACCAGUUAAUUCUGUAGAAAAAAAAGAUACACAGAAAGGAAGAUAUAGUUGGUGUGCUAAUGGAGAUUCACCUUACAUUCAAAAGAGUAUUAAUACUAGAAAUGCAUACUCUGAUUAUUAUUCAUCAUCUGUUACUAGUAAUUUUAAUCGUAAUGAUGAAUGUAAGUCAUGCAAAAAUUAUAGAUGUACCUGUGGACCAUCAAUAUUAGAACGUGGAGUACCAGAAGGUCAAGAGGAUCCUGCUAAAAAUUUCAAACCAACAAUGGAGAUUGAAUUAGCUGAUAAUGAAGCACAAGAAGCUUAUUUUGUUGAAAAAGAAUACGGGUAUAUUGUUGAAGAUCCUGUUGUUAAAUUAGAAAUGCCGCAACCUGCGACCACUAAAAAAUAUUCAAGCUCUAGUGAUUGGUCAGAUGUUGAUAGCAUGACAACUUCUGCUGACCUUGAAGAUAGAAAAAAUUCUCGACAUUUAGCUUCGCCUGUUAAAAAAUCAAACAUUACUUCAAUCUUGCCCAGUGAUAAUGGAAGAUUUAUCAGUUCUUCAACUCUUCGACAAGCUCCUUCAAGUACAUCAUUACUUGGUAGGUUUUUGAGAUCAAUUACUGAACGUAAAUUUCAAGUUAAAAAAAAUCAAAAGACUCAAAAAAAUAGUACUUUAUUUAUAAAGGGUAUUAAAGUGGAUUUAAAUACUUUUAAAGAUUUCAAUGAUAAUUUAGAUAAAGAAGUGCAAGAAAAUAUUGUUGCAGAAAAACAAGAUUUUAGCGGUGAAAAAAUAAGUCUAAAACUCAGGGAAAUUUUUAAACGGGAUAUUUACCGAGACAAAACAGAAGAAUUGUAUAAAGUAUAUAAAGUUCGAAGUUCAUAUAUGACUAACGGUGAUAGUCGACCGAUGCUUACUUUAUUAACAGAUAAAACACUAUAUUUAACUGGUUUUAAAUCUGACAAUACGUAUAGUAAUCAAUUUGUAAUACCGUAUAAUGAAUUAGACGUUAUUAUGAUCGGACCAAAUGCACAAACAAUUUUAAUAUCCAACGCGGACUAUGAAAUGCAAUAUUUAUUUUCAACAGGUUGUUCUAAAACAACUUAUGAAAUUAUAACGCACCUUGAAAUAGCUAUGAGACGAUCACCAUCCAAGCCUAGAUUACCAGCAGUGAAAGAACUUAAUUACGAAGAUAUGAUAAAUCUUAAACAUUCAAUUAUGUCAGAGACAGCUGUAGACUCAGAUGAAAAAAUAGAACAUUACAGUCUAAUUUAUAUGGAAGAUGAUCAUAUAUCACCUCCUAGUACUCCUUGUGGCCCAACGAAAGAAGGAGAUCUUAUGUUUCGACCACAUUCUUAUCAAUCAUUACAUCCUAAUGCUCCGACACAUCCUUGGGAAGCCGGUUAUUUUGUUCUGAAAGGAGGAGUAGUCUAUGUGUUUACAGACUCAAAUCAACGACUUCCGAAACGUGCUAUUCCAUUGAAGGGAGGUCUUUGUCAAGGUUGUAGACGAAUCCCCAAUUCUCAUCGGCCUCAUACAUUUGAAAUACUUCUAAAGCCCAAUAAGUCUUUCCAAUUUGCUGCACCUGACGAAUAUGUUGCUUCUGAGUGGCUUCAAAGUUUCGUACAAAGUGCUUCUGGACUGUUUGAUAGUUCAGAACAGAAGAAUCCUUUACCUUGUAGUUUAGUUGCUACUACAAAACAUUUAGUAACUAUAAAAGAAAUUUUUCCAGGAACUCAAAGAGGACAGACACUUUCUUGUGCAACUGUUGAAGAUUUAACGGCGUUUCGUGUACCCCUAGCUCAACAGUCAUGGUGCAUUUUGGAAUUCGCUUGUCGAGAAGUUCACGAAAGUAGUGGAGACUGGGUUAUUUAUUUUACAAAUUAUGCUGAAUUAUGUGCUUUUCGAGAAGUCUUAGAAACUUUAUGGGCAAAUGCAAAAAUGGGUGAGUUUCCAAUGGUAACUCUUCCACCAGAAAAUAAAUUACAUCGGCGUUGCUCAGACGUUAGUAAAGAUCUUGAAUGUUCUUGGCAACAUUUACUACCCGUAUCACCAAAAUAAAAAGUUAAGUUGUGUAAACAUCACUUACGUAAUUAUAAAUUCAGUAACGCUACAAAAUAAAGUCUUGUGUGUUGUAAUUAGACAAACUCAUAAUAUCUUUAUCCCAUAAGUAAAACAUUGUCGGUACAUUUUAUAAAAUAUUUAUUAAAGAAUGCAUGUUCUGAGUCCUGCUUAUAAACACACAACAAAAUAAACAUGUUCUAAAAUUAGUAUUACAGUCAACAAUUAUAAUCAUGUGGUUCACUUGCGAUUUUUACGAUCAUCCAAACUACGUAGCAACAAUUAAGUUGAUAACUUGUAAGAGUGAUGCCUUAGAUUUGCAAUAAUAAUAUGACAUGGAAUACUCAUUUAAAAUGGCAUUUCUCAAAUAUUCAAGUUGUUGAUACACAAGAUAUUUUAUAUUGAUUUUACAAAAAUAUCUAAAAUAUCAAGUUAUUGAAACUCAUUGUAAAAAUCUAAUUAAAUAGCGGUUUGGAAUAAAGUUAAGAUGCGUAAACAAAAUGAAUUUCAAAAGACCGUAUAAAGCAUACAUUACAGUCAACUACACAUUACAAGCCUGGUCGAAGGGACAUAAGGAAAGUUUUUCUUGGAAUUUCAUACUCACGACUACCGCGUGUUUAUACAGUAAAAAGCAUUGUUUUAAAAUAACAUAAUCUGAGUGUUAGAAACGGCUCAUACAAUGUUUGUGUUAAAAUUUAAAUACAAAAUUCAGGUAAUACCAGAAGUAAAUUCAAGACUUUUUAAAUGUCAGUGGCGACACAAAAAAAAAAUGAUAACUUUUACAUUUUAUUUUUUUAUCAUGGAUAUUCAUUAAAUAUAACUUAUUUAUUAUUUUGCGAUUAUCAAAAGUGACAACAAUGAUUAUACAACAUUGAACUACUUUUUAACGGUGAACAUUGUUUUUAUUAGAGUCAAGAUUUAAAAAAAAAUCACUUAAUAUUUCAUAGCAGUUGUAAAUGGUAAAUCAAUUAAUUUCGUUAAAGAAAAAUAAAAACAGUUUUAUUGGGCGAAAAAAUAAUAUUUACAUUCCAUGGAAUA